AUGUCGUCGUCGAUGGGCUUGAGCGAACAAACUGCGAUAAUAGCCGCGGCCCAUCACAUGGUGAAUGUAACCCUGGCGCCGAAGACUAGCACAGAAAAGGGAUGGCACACGCCUCGACGGUGCUUUUCCUGCGCGGCUCUGACUUCGCAUCCCAGCGAGAAAGACAUUUUGCUGACUGCAGACUCGAUGGCCACGUCUCAAACACAAGUCACAGCUCUGCCUGGAUUAUAUAACCGCUCGUCCGACGUCCGGCUAUCGGCUGUCAGGAAGCAGUCUUCCAAUCAUCCUCCGCACAGCUCUAGCAAAUGCCUCGAUGAGCGGCCCGACGCUUCGAGCCUCAUAAAAGGCGCCUGCGCGGCUUCCAGCUGCCCCACCGGCUGCUGCCCCACCAACUGCUGCAUGCCACCGCCUUGCAACCAGCCACCCAAGUGCCUCCAGAACAUGACUGGUUAUUAUCACUAUCCUUAUGGUUUUUGGUUCUGCGGACCGUACAAUGUUAACACUGGACCCGUGCCAUGCGAUGGCCCAGUGAGGCCCGGUGGUCCGUGUGGUCCAGUCGCUGGCCCCUGCCCCAAUUUUCAUGGGAUGUGCCCUUGCAAGACAUGUCCUCCGUGCGGCCCCUGCGCUCCCAGUGGAGCCUGUGUCCCCUGCGGUCCCUGCGGUCUCUGCGGAAUCUGCGGCCUCUGCCACACUCCCAGCGCGCAGUCGGGAAUGGGCUAUAGCCACAACUGCGCCUCGUGCGGACUGCAUACAAAUGCAACGUAUUGGAGGACGCCCCACCAACCCUCUAUUCCAGUUGACGCUUCGACAAUUAGCCAAGCCGCUUCCACCAAUAUGUCAACUCGGCACGGACCAGUUGGCUCGUGUCCUGAACCGGAGGUUUUGACUGAGAGUUUAGCUACCGAGCAACCGUCGUCCAAAGUAAGCUAUGAGACGUUGGGCGGACUUCCGCCGUCGGGGAGCAUCAAAAUCGAUCCGGAUUUCGUCAAAAAGUAUCCCUUCAAUAAGCCCACGUUCAAACCAAGGGAGACGACGGGCACUCGGAGUCUU